GAGAGGUGGUACCUGAGCAGAGGAUUGAUCGUGUCAGACAAUGGGAAACAUUUGUUGCUCUAAAGGUGCGUGCAGGGUCCUGCCACAGCAGUCAUCACCAGUUCUGGACUUCCCAGUGGAACAUGUCAGUGAAGGAGAACAGGCUGCCAGCACUCCAGUGCUUGUCUUCGGAUCCAAUGACCUGUAUACUCCAAAUUUAGAGGAAUCCAGCCCUGUGUUCACAUAUCCUCAGAAGUGGGCCAUUCCAGUCAGGGACUGUCUGAAACCUCUGUCAGAGAAGAACAGUUUGAUAAACGAUUGCAUUUUGGAGUCACUUGAGGAUUUGCCCACAAGUGAAGAAUUUCCAGAGGGUUCUGAUACAGGUGUCUUCAGUGGUGGAUCAGAGGGAGAUGUGUCUUCAUCUGACACUGAGGUAGCACAUACUUCUACCUCAAAGAAGCCACUGAAGAAGCGGUUUAUAAAGGUGAAUCUACGAAACCAGGCGAGAGAUGGAAGACUGAAGGGAACUGAGGUGGUGCGGAUAUCUAAAUUAUCGAAAGAUGUUACCUUCCUGGAUUCAGAUGAGGACAGCAGUGGAUGCAGUAGUGACAGUUUAUCCCAUGUUUCACUACCUGGAAUGGAAGCUCCAAUCACCUCCACCACAUUCACUGAAGAGUUGCGACGGUUGAAUCCAAGUUUCGAGACUGGUAAAGGUGAACCUCAGUUGACUACCAUGGCUCCAUUCUUCUCCACCCGAAAUGAUGUACAGUUCAGAAGGCUGAAUCCCAGUCUUGAGAGUGGUGUAGGUGGACCUCAGCAGAUUGACAUGGUGAGCAGCUUUUUUUUUUUCAUUUUCUCCUGAAUUAUUUCCUUUCCAGUCAAGUUCAGAUGAGUUUGAAACUGCACAUUGUAGAUGACAGAUAAUAGUAUCUAGGUGGGAAGUGUUGAGGCAGAAUUUAAUGUCAGUGAUGGCUGACUCCAGAAACCUCUCUCAGUACAGGAACUCAUUGUGGUGACUCACCCUAUGGUAGAGGUCCUUCACCAUGUUGUUUUAGAGUGCUACCAUGCUGGACUGACUGGUCUUGAGUAGAACAUCCCCAAAAUUAUUUUUAUGGAGAAUUAUUUUUUUUACUUUUUUAUUUAUUUAUAAUAGACUUAAAUUUUUGCUCAAUUAUUGUUUUAAAACUUUUACUUAUAAAAAUGAAAUACUGAAAACAUAAUAGGAUAAAAGGUGUACAACUCCACACAAUUCCCAUAACCAGAACUCUGAAUCACAUCCCCUCCCCUGAUAGAUUUCCUCUUCUUCAUCCCUCUGGGUGUAUGGACUCAGGCUCAUGGGGUGCAGAAGGUGGAAUUCUGGCUUCUAUAAUUGCUUCCCCACAGAACAUGGGCAUUGGCAGGUGGAUACAUACUCCUUGCCUGUCUUUCUCUUUCUCUAGUGGGGUGGGACAUAUUGUUAGUGUCAUCUGCCCAAAGAAGUCCAUUUGGCACCAUGUUAGCAUCUUGAACCCAUGGCUGAAAGAAUAAUUAACAUAUAAAGUCAAACAAAUUGUUGACUUAUCAUGAACCUAAAGGUUGGAAUAGUGCAGAUGAAGAUUUUGCAGGAAGAAGGGGUGGGGUUUUGAUUGGUAGAUAGUUAUUAUUCCUGUUUUAGUUAUAUUCCAAAGGACUUAUGACUAUACUAGGUUUUUAAAUUUUUUUUUUCUGAGCCUGACUUCUGAUAUGCAGGUGGAUUCAAGUUAUUGUGUGGGGAGAUGAUGUCAUGGUUGUAAAAAGGACCAGAAAGUUGAAUCAGGGAGACAGUAGCUUCCAAUUAUGUAAAUCUCAUCAAUUUAGCCCAUAUUCAA